CCGAGGAGACUUUGGAGCGUCUCUCCUUGGAAGAGUCUGCACAAUGUCCACGCUGGAUCUGUCGGACGCGUCUCCUGCCGUCGAUAACGCUCGCCAGGAAGGAUUCGGUUCAUUGUGAGGGGCGCCAGGUCCCAGCCGCCUGCAACGCCUCGCGGACCCCGACCAUGAGCCCGCGGCCCCCGCGGCGUUAGCGGCCCCCGGACCCCGCGAUGAUGUACCUGGCGCACACCGCUCACUGGCAGUUCCUGGGCCUGAUAGCGGGGCUCCUGGCGUGGAUCCUCCUCAUGGCCGCCACCGGCCUGAACGAGUGGCGCCUGUGGCGCUUGGACGACGUGUCCGUGGUCACGUCGGGCGUGGCCUGGGUGGGCAUCUGGAGGGCGUGUUUCUACAGCAACGCCUUCCCCGAGGCGGAGACCUGCCGCCGCAUCGGCCUCUCGGAGCCGUUCGCCCCCGCAGAGGUCGCCGCGGCUCAGGUGCUGAUGCCGGUGGCGGUGAUCUGCGGCCUGGUGGGGAACGUGGGCGCCGCCGCGGCCAUGCGGCUGGUCUACUUCUCCGUGGAGGACCGUGGGAACGUGCGGCCGGCCUUCGUGCUGGCGGGGGCGGGGUACCUGCUGGCGGGGACGGUCUGCUCGGUGCCGCUGGCGUGGAACGUACGGUCGGUGCUGAUAAACGGCAGCAUCGAGUUCCCGCCCGAGUUCUACCUCCCCGCGGCGCCGGCCGGGCAGCGGGUGGGCUCGGCCGUCGGCGUGGGCGUCUUUGCCUCGGUGCUGAUGCUCGUGAGCGGGCUGCUGUUCCUCUGCCACCGCUACGCCAGGACGUCGCCCAAAGGCGCCGCGGAGCUGCGGGCACAAGACCGCCAGGGCCGAGACAACCGCGCCUUUCACACGGAGGACGUCUCCUGAUGGAGGACGUCUCCCGAUGGAGGACGUCUCCCGAUGGAGGACGUCUCCCGAUGGAGGAACACAGAGACCCUCUUUGCAUUCUUUUGUUCUGUCAUCCACAAAGUCGGAUUCUUGAAGGUGAAACGUGUCUGAUCGACUCGUUUAUAUCACUUUCAGAACAUUCUCAUAAAGUCUCCACCUAAUAAAUGUUCUUACAGCAGUGA